CUGUGAGAGCGAGAGGUAGUGCGCUCCGUGUUCGUGGACGAUACAUCAAUAUUUUUUUUUUCCUAUAUCUCGCCGUUUUACUUGCUUCCGUGUGGCCCGAAUCUAGUGGUUCCAGAGGAUAUUAACACGGCGUCGGGUUCACACGAAUGGAAUCAGCAAGAUGGAGAGGGCAAAGUGACGACUAUGAGUGUGGCAGUGUCAGCGGGCAUGGGUGAGUCUUGCCCACUGCAACAGGAGAAGGAUGACAAGGAGCUGGAGGAGUGGAGGCAAGAAGUGAGGGCCAAAGUAACCGCACUCAAAUGCCAUGUUAUGGCUUCCAGGGGCCUCACGCCCGAAGGUAAUAUUGUUGCCCCUUACUCACCAAGAAUCCUCCUUGAAGCUCCUCCAAAUGCUCGCCUCCUUCAUGAUGCUGACAAUCUUGAUCUUAAUGCUUACACUGAGUCUCUCCAGAAUAGAUCAAAAGGCAGCAGCACCAAAGAUGAAACAGAAUACAGCACUGAGGAAGAGGAAGUCUUACCUCAAGAACCUUUGUCACUGGAUGAUGUCCAUGUAAGGUUAAAGGAAAUUAGAGUCAGUAGCAGCGAUGGUCAGAAGGCCUCAGCCUCCCCCCCGUCUCCCUCUAAGUCUGUACAUAGCCUCAAUAAUAAGUCCCAACCCUCAUCACCAUCACAUUCUCCUUCAACGUGCUCAUCCUCUCCCCAGUCCCCCUCCACAUCUUCACCCACGAACCUCUCGCCUUCCAAACAAUCUUCACCCAAUGUGAGUGAUAGAAAAUCAGUCGGCGGCGGACAAACUCUCAAGUUAAUGGGGGUGGCAGCCUCCAAUCGGUGGCGGCUGUGGCGCCGGCACUUGCCACACCGACCGGUGACCCUGCCACCUCCGCCAGAAGCAGUGAGAGAGUAUCAGGAGAGAGAGGACGUUGAGAAGACCUCCAGCGCGUCACUUGGGGCCAAAAAAAGUCUCUUCCAGGGAGGGAAAAAAAUUAGAUGA